UUUUAAAUUAUAUUUUUUAGUAUUUUUUUUUCUCCCUGUGAUCCCCCCCGGGGGGCGGCACCCCACCCCCCCGUUUCAUGCAUGAGCGGAGGACGCUUUGACUUCGACGAUGGCGGGGCGUACUGCGGAGGCUGGGAGGGCGGCAAGGCUCACGGCCACGGCAUCUGCACCGGACCCAAGGGCCAGGGCGAGUACGCGGGCUCCUGGAACUACGGCUUCGAGGUGGUCGGCGUCUACACCUGGCCCAGCGGCAACACCUACCAGGGUUACUGGUCCCAGGGCAAGAGGCACGGCCUGGGCUCGGAGACCAAGGGCCGCUGGGUCUACAAGGGCGAGUGGACCCACGGCUUCAAGGGCAGGUACGGGCUCAGGCAGAGCCAGGCCAGCGGCGCCAGGUAUGAGGGCACCUGGAAUAACGGCCUCCAGGACGGUUACGGCACCGAGAAAUACGCGGAUGGAGGUACAUACCAAGGCCAAUUUACAGGGGGAAUGCGACAUGGCUAUGGAGUGCGCCAAAGUGUUCCCUAUGGUAUGGCCACCAUGAUCCGCUCACCAUUGAGGACCUCGCUCACCUCCCUUCGUAGUGAGCACAGUAAUGGAGCUGUGCUGCAACUCGAGCCACCAGCUGACUCUCUGACUUUGACCACCCCCUCUGCUGCUGCCUCAGCCUCUGCCUCUGCCUCCACCAUCGGACCGAGCCGUGGAGGGUUCGCCCUGAGCCUCCAGAGUGCUGGUGAUGCUGAGCAAAAACCUAAGAAGAAGGGUCUGUUCCGGCGGAGCUCACUGCUCGGCAAGCUGAGGAAGAGCGAGUCCAAGAGCUCCCUGUCCAGUCAGAGGAGCAAAAUCAGCUUUCUCAGGAGUGAUGCUGGACUCAGCUCAGCUGCCAGUGAUGCCAACUCGACUGUCAGCCUGGGCGAAGGUGGCGAUGACUUCCCACCUGUCGAGUCCGACAUUGAUGCCACCACGACUGAGAGCUACAUGGGCGAGUGGAAGAAUGACAAGCGCUCGGGAUAUGGGGUCAGUGAGAGGUCAAGUGGCCUCAAGUACGAGGGUGAGUGGCAUGACAAUCUAAGGCAUGGCUAUGGCUGCACCACCUUCCCAGAUGGCAACAAGGAAGAGGGCAAGUACAAGAACAACGUGCUGGUCAAGGGCAAGAAGAAGCACCUGAUACCACUGAGGACCAACAAGCUGAGAGAGAAGGUGGAAAGAAGCAUGGAGGGGGCGCAAAGGGCAGCAGCUAUUGCUCGGCAGAAAUCAGAGAUUGCCUUGUCCAGAUCUUCACAUGCAAAAACUAAGGCUGAAGCAGCAGACCAGGCUUCACAGGCUGCAGUUAAUGAAUCCAGUAUUGCAAGGGCAAUCGCCAAGGAGCUGUCUCCAACUUUUUACCAGCCAGGUCCUGAAUAUCAGAAAAGAAGAUUGCUUCAGGAACUAAUAGAAAAUGGAGGUAACGUAGAAAAUACAGACCAGGAGCCUCCAUCAAUAGAAGAACCUCCACCUACCCCUCCAGAGAGUCCUGGACUCCAUGAAAAAGCUGCAACUCCACUUGAAUCAUCCCCUGCUGGCACUCCUUCUCCAAGUCCUUUGGAGACACCACCAGAGGUUAGAAAAAUUAGAGGAUCAAAUCCCAAGAUGGAAGACUCCAGCCACUUGAGUCCCGGCUACUGGAAUGGUGAGCAAAAUAAAAGUAACCGGUCAACUAGUCAUCCUUCAACACCUUCUGGUUCACUGACCUUGCAUGCUGAGAACAGGUCAUCUGCCAAUGAUCGAAAUCCUCUCAGGACCUCCAGUCUCCAGAACAAUAGAAGAACCCCAACUAAACUGGAGGAGCAACUACAAAACAACUAUGAUUUGGACAUAAAGCCCCUGGAAAGAAUUGAAAGCAAGCCUAGUACAAAUCAAAAGAUCAAAGCAAGAGAACCCAUCCCACCACAUCAGCUGCAAGAUGCUAAGUUCCAUGACAGCUACCACAGUUACGCUGUGCGGACACAAGUGGGACCUCCACCUUUAGAUUUAGUGGAUGAUGAAACUCCUGUAAAAUUAUUGCCAGUCAAGCAAGAAGCACACCCAGCAAAACCUUUAACACCAGAGCCAAAAGCAGAGAUCAAAGCAAAAAAGCCAGAAUCAGAACCAAAGCCAGUGCCUCAAGUGCAAGAAACCGUCGUACCACUUCCUAAACAGGAAAAACACUCACAACCCCGACCAGAAUCCAGUCCUCAGUCCAAGCCUGAACCCAAGCCUGGGCUUAAAUCCGUGUCAAAACCAGUACCUAAACUCAUAACACAACCUGACACAGCAGGGAAAGAGGUAGCAGACGUGGCACAAUUUGAUCAGGGACCUAAUACCAUUAUGAUUGCCAUGGUCAUUCUGUUGAACAUUGGCCUAGCUGUCUUGUUUGUUCAUUUCCUAACAUAAUUUGUUUGUAAGAAGCUCUUGUGGUACUUUUUCUGAUGAGAAUAAGGAAGACGACUUUUGGAAAGUUAAACAUCCUGCAAGACCUGACACAGAAAGACACUGCAGAGUCUGAUUUUACUGCUCCCUUUUGAAGAAUUCCCUGAUCUGUUUUCUGUCACCAGUUUGUGCCCUACAAUUUUGGAAAUGAGAUACAUUGGAAGAUCUACAACUGACCUGAAUUUAUUUGUAGAAACUAACAACUGCCUUACCUUAUGUCUGUGUUUAUAUAAUACAGUACUAGCUGCCAAGGAUUGUGCUUGAAAGUUUGGAUUAUUCUAUUGUAUAAAGGGAGGGGAGGAGAGGAAAAGAUUCUCGAAAAGAAAAGGUUGACUUAGUUAAGGGAGAUCUUACUCACAUAUUUUUGUAGGUUUGAUGACAUUUUUGGUUAAUCUAGGUACAAUGAAAAAAAAUUAAUAUGAACAUGACUGUAUGUACUUAACUCUUAAGUCUAAAAGAUUUAGGGCUAUAUUUUCCUCUGUUCAUUAUUCCCCAUGAAAAAUGUAAAGUGGUGUUCCCCAUUUUAUGUGCACUCUUUCCCCACUGAAAAUAACAGAGGACAUUACUUCCUUAGAGAUUGCCUUUUGGAAGAAGAGAUUGUGGAUGCUUUGCGCUGCAUUCAUAGGGCUUUUUAUAUGUCAUGAAGGGAAAUAUUGGUCUGUCGUGAAUUUUUAACACAUUGUUCUCUUUCUCUCUGCAUUACAGUCCUAAUCAGAUGAGUAAGAGAAUUAUGAUUCAUGUUUGUUGCAUGUUUGUCAAUGAACUAUUUUUCAUAAUAUUUUAAAAUUAAUUAUGCCAACUACAUACUUAAGUCAGUAUUUAUUUUUGAGCAAUGCUGUCAUAAGCUAAAUGAAAAGGGAAUGCACAAAUCUGCUUUUAACAUCGUGAAGCUUUCAGAAUUAAAUUUAUUAAAAAUACAAGGAAGACCAACACUACUUUGCAACAAAUUUAAUACUGCUUUACAUUUUGAAUGCCAUAUUACAUUUUAAAAAACACGUAAUUGCAGUUAGUAACCAUAUAUUUUUGACGAAAUUUUUUGGCACAUUGAAGCUGUACAACUACAAGAUACAAAUCACAGACCUUGUUUCUCUUUAAGAUUUUUUUAAAAAAAUGCCUAACAGUAUUUCUGUCAAUGCAUUCAAACUACAGUCUUGAGCCUAGACCAGCCAUGUCACAAAGUACUUGCUACUUGAUUGCUUUCAGGGUAUUACCCUUUCCAUUUUUGUGCUGAAGUACAAAAUCUUUUGAGCUUUUUUUUCUUGCUUUUCUCUGCAUGUGUGCACUUUGUAGAAUGAUAGCAUAGGUGAUUUUAAAUUUUGUUUUACAUAUGACAAGGUAUUUAUGCUUUUUGUGUGGAUAUACAUUCAGGACUGUUUUACCUUGUAAGAUUUAUAUGAAAAAAGAUAAAAGUACCUCAGAGAUGCAUGCUUCUCCAAAAUUUUGAUUGAAAUGCUUAUUUAGUAUUUUCAGGUCUUGUUACAAUGUGAAUAAUUACACCAGCCACACUGAACACUUCCAGAUAUUUAAACAAUUUCUAUAAAUACGUUUUGGUAAAUAUUACCUUGUUGGGUGUUACCACCAGAAGGAUUUUUGUGGGAAAUGGUCCAGUAAAGAAAUGUGUAUUUAUAACCUGAAACACACGAUAUUUUUAAAAAUCCUCCAUAAUUUGAAUAUCCAAAACAUCAUAUCGUAUUCUGAGUGUCUUUUUUACACUGCCUCGUGAUGAGACAAUGAAAGUGAAAUGAAUUGAAAUUAAUGUAAUUAGACAGUUAUUACAUUAAACAGUUUUGACAUUGUAAACUGAGGGAAGUUUAGUUCAGUCACAUGUUAUCAGAAGCAUGAGGAUUAGUGCCUUAAAUUACAGAUAUUUCUUAAUACACAUAAAAUACUUCAAAUUGUAAUUUUUAAAAAAUCUCAUUGAUGUUCUGAGUUUCAAAACUCUAUAUUAGAUAAUGGGAAUCACCAUUGUCUGACUUAGGAUCCAUAGGUACAGGAAGUCACAUGAUUAAACCUUAAGAACUUGCUGGAAAAUGCACUAACUUUUAAAGGUUAUAAACCAGAGUGAACCUAGCAUAUUCCAAAGCCCCAAUAUAAUGGUACUUUCUAUAAUAUUUAAUUUCUCAAUUUGAAAUAGUAGAACUGAUUUAAAUUUUGACAAUAUUGUUAAAAAUGUGUAGUUGCAGAUUAGUCACCCCACUAUGAAAUCUUCCCAAUUAUCGUUGCUUUUGACUCCGGGUAAAGAGCACAACUGGCUACAAGCCUGUGACCACCUAUUUUCUACUAUCACUGAAAGGUGAGAUCACUUGGCUGUUUGUUUAAUUUGAUGAUUUUAAUCAUGCUGGGACUGAUUAUAACUAGCUGAGAUUGGCAUUUAUGACAAGGUAAUACCUUUAGAUGGAUUUGGGAAAUUUUCUUGUUUUCUGGCAGUAUUACAUUGCAGUUUUAAAAGGGUCUUCUCACCCAACACCCAAGAACCUGCCAAUUUCAAAUGAUAGACCUGUUUAUUAUGCAAAUUAGGGUACUAUGACCAAGUUAGGACUUUGAUUUCAAUUUCAAGGGUGACAUGGUGGGAGAAUUCAUUGCAGUUCAAUCAUGUUUUUUUGCCUUUCAGCAGCUUAAACAGUGAUCUGUAAAUGGAUUAAUUCCAGAAGCUGCAAGGAAACUUUUUCCAAGUUAAAUUUGUGCAAAGCCAAGAAGAACUGUGGUUCUGCCCAUAGGUCCAUAAAGAAAUUACAAAUCAGCGAUGGUGUGAAUUUACCUCCCUGACUUUAUCUACAUCUCCCCUGUAAGUUGCGGCAAAAUGUGCAUUGAGUCUUCAGCUUCCCUUUGUUAUACAUCUAGAGCCAGAUUUUUGCAGCUGUAAGGACUCCAGGGACUUAAAACUACCAGUGGGAGCUACAUAUGAAAGUCCUGCCAUGCCUCCCCAUUUCCAACCGAUGUCAUUACGGCAGUGUGGUAUAGGAGUCAGGAUUUGACUCAAGCAUGAGCAAUAGUUAGGUAAGGGGUAAAUGUAGGGGUAUGGGUGGGUUGCACUUCAGCGGGGCGGUUGUGGACUUGUUGGGCCGAAGGGCCUGUUUCCACACUGUAAGUAAUCUAAUCUAAUCUAACAGUGUUAUGUUCAAACUGAUCCCAUUUUCAUGGCCGCAAAGGCACUAUCCCACUGUGUGAGACUUACAAUCCUUAUAAAGUAUGUAGCAUUGUCAAGUUAAAUGGCCGACUUUUUACAAAUUGAAACUGCAGACUCAUGAAAUAUGAAGCAAAAACAGAAAUUGCUGGAAAUUCAGCAAAUCUGGCUGCAUCUGUGAGGAGAGAACAGAGUUAAUGUUUCAAGUCCAGUGAUGUUUCUAUUCUGAACCAAUUCUGAUGAAGGUCCUAAUGGUUAAGACAAAACUGGUUUAAAAUCAGAACAGGAGCAAGCCUUUCAAACAAUCUGAAUGGUCCCGAAGAGUCACUGAACUUGAAACAUUAACUCUAUUUCUCUCUCCCCAGAUGUUGCCAGACCUGAGGGGUUUCUCUAGCACUUCCUAUUUUGUUGAGGCAAAAAAGAUGUCUGCCAGUGUUUGGGAGUUAAAGAAAAUCUGCUCGAGCAAUGUGAAUUGUUGUUUUUAGAGUAUUAUUAAUGAUAGGUGGUAAAAAGCAGCCAACCAUUAUCAUAAUUUGGGAGGGGGUUUAAGUUCAUAGUUUAAUUGACAGCUCAAUUUAAAUAGGUUAUUUAAAAUUCUGUCUUUGUGCAAUUAUGAAUACAAGUACUUAAUUCUUUUGUAGAGAGGAUUAAGUACUUGAGGAGUUUCAAAUGUAUUGAUGGGAUUUGAAUGGACUUUUUAUACACUGAAAUCUGCAACAAAGUUUCUAGAACUUGUUUAAUUUGAACAUGAACUUCUGUAGUCUGCCAGUGUUGGAUGCUCGAUGAGCUGGCGUGGAAGAUGUAAAGGCAAAGGCCAGCAGAUCAGGGGCAUGGGUUAGCAUUGGUGCUUUUAGAGACCAUGGGUGGUUCAUGAGGUGGCAUUGUGCCAUAAGAGCUCUUGAAAGUCGGUGAGUAGAGACUGAGGGAGUAUUAUGAGUGGGAGAAAGAUGCUGUGCAUGGCAAUGGGAAUUGGGUCGGAACUGUUAAGGUUAGAGGGCCUAAUGGAUUAAAAUAAACUCGGACAAAAUUCCAGAGAAUAGAAACAAGCCUUUCAAAGAGUCUGUAUAGUGACACUCCUAUAGCCCUUGUGGUCACUUCCAAUCUGCUCAAUUCCACUCCAGGAUCUCCAUUACCCUAAUUUUUCCCACUCCCUGCUGCACUGCCCCACACACACACACAUACACAUGCGUACAUACCCUGUUGAGGCAUAUGCUUUCAGGAUAUAGUGAGUUGAGCUGGGAAAUUUCCCAAAUUGAAUUAUUGAUAUCAGGCAAAAUGCAUCUCGGGUUUCCCACAGGCAGGUGAGGAGAGGCCACUGUUCAGUCACUGUUCUCCACGAUGCAACUGGCUGGAGUGUUUAAAAAUUACUCCUUUAUUUCCUUGUAAGGAAGCAUUUUUGGAAUCGUGCAUGAUGUACUUCAAUUUUGAAUGCCAUCAGUUUUUUUUAAAAAAGCAAACAAUCUAUGGGCCUUGAUUUCUGCAUUCCCAUUAAAAGUUACCCUGAUAAUUGUCACUUAAUGUCAAGUGCCUAGACAUCCUGCCAAUUGCUAUGAUCAGUAUAAGUACUGCACACAGCAGUUUUGCAAUUGAACAUUGAAGUUUCAGAAUAUGGAAUCUAAUUUUAACAUGUUUUUCUUUUCAUGUGUAAUUGAAUGCCACUUUUUCGGUCGAGGUGAUUGGAACAGGAACUUCUGAUAAGUAAAUAUAACCCUUUAAUCUAAACAUUAUGCAGAAAUCAAGAAUAGAUUGGCUAAUAAAAAGCAAAUAAAACAGGUUAAGAAUUAAACUGAUUCUAAAACAGCUUUGCUGAAUAUUUCAAUGAAGAUAUAUUUUUUUAUUUUGUGGGAUCCACAAUGAAUUACAAUAAUGCAAUUGUGAUUGAACACACAAAAUAUUUUAACAAGCUGCAAGUCAUUAUUUCAGUUUGACCUGGUAAAGGAAAUAACAAUAAUGAAACAUUUUUGCUGUGCGGGUAUCUAACAGAUACUGCCAUUAGCUAGGCCUGCCCUUGCAUGGUACGUUUCCAAAAUACUUGUGCAUCAAGUGCUAAAUGUGUGAGCUGAUAGUGGUGCAGGGAGAGAAACAAAGGAACUGGGGCAUGAGUGAACAGGGCAAGAAACUGCAUACUGGCUUUAUCAGAUUAGAUUGUGAUCUAAACAUUACAAGAACUGAGAAGUGAGCGUAUGUUGAAAUCAAUGCCAAAUAAUUUCCAGGAAGAGAAAUAAUCAGAGUGGGUAAGAAGGUUUGGAUAAAAAGUGAGGAAGAAAAGAAUUUUACUUAUUACAAUUACUAAAAACUAUUAAAGCCUGAAGAGGUGAGUGUCAUUUUCAGAGAGGGUAAUUAGCAUUAAUACUUACAAUUUGUUAAAGGGAUACUUAAAUUGCAAAUGACAAGACAACUUCUGGUGGAAGUUCAAUUCCUAUUAACUGUGCAAACACCUGAACUUCACAUUGGUCAAUAUAUUGUCAGUAUGGAGAUUGACAGUGACAUGCCAUUUUGUGAAUCAAUGACAGAGCUGAAUAUCUUGGAUAUCAAUUAUUGGAUCACUGCAUUAAAUAGCCAGAACAUUUUCAUCUGACAUUGCUGUGCCACGUAUGGAUAAAUAAUGGUGAAGGUUAUUCCCAUUUAAUUUGCCCAUAAAUUAUAGCCUGUUGAACAUUUUGCUAUAAUCUAGGUAGACACCAGUAACUUAUUUACAAAAAAAUGAAAUUAAAAAUCCCAUUAAUAUACCCAAAGAAGAAAGGCAUUAAAUUGCACAAUUUUAAACUUUUUAAAAAAUUCAUAGAGGAGUGAAACAAAGCAAAUACUGUUUUGACUAACUGCUUUGGUUAUCUCCAUUGCUGUAGGAGUUCCUCCUGUGUAGUGACUUAAUCCCAACCACCUUCAGCUACUUCAUCCAUGACCUUCCCUUCAUCAUUACAUCAGAAAUGGAGUAGGGUUCACUGAUUGCACAACAUUAACCACCAUUCACAACUCCCUGGUACUAAUGCAUCUGUGUCCAAUUGUAGCAAGACUGGAGCAACUGUCAGACAUGAGCUGAUAGGUAGCAAGUAACUUUCUGAUCACACAAAUACCAGACAAUGACCAUCUUCAACCAGUGAGAAUCUUGUCAUUUACACUUUUCAUUCAACUCAAUCCAAGACUAUCAACACCUGAGGAUUACCGUUGGUCAGAAUACAAACUGCACAUGCCAUAUAAAUUCAUGGCUAUAAGAGCAGGUUAAAGGCUGAAAGUUCUGAAGCAAAUAACUCCUCUCCUGAUUUUCCCAAAGCCUCUCCAAUUUUCUGCAAGGCACAGAUCAGGAGUAUGAUUGAACACUCUGCAUUUCCUUAGAAGAGUAGAUCCCAAAAAGCUAAAAAAGCUUGACACCAUAUAGGACAAAGCAGCGGCCUUGAUUGACAAUUGAUUCACAACCUUCAACAUUCAUACUCUCUGUCACUGAUGCUCAGUGAUAGCAGUUUGUGCCAUCUACACAAGAUACACUGUACCAACGUAAUAAGCUUCUUUGACAGCAUCUUCCAAAACUGUGACCUCUAGAAGGGCAAGGGUUGCAGAAGCAUGGCAAUACUAACACCCAGGGAAAGUUCCCCUCCAAAUCAUACACCAUCCCGAAUGUUAUUACAUUGUUUUUUUUUCACUCUCAUUAGGUCAAAAUACUAGAACUUCUUAACAGCACUGUGAGUAUAAACAUCAUAAGGAUUACAGGGUCUGCAAGAAAGCAUUUCACCCCUGUUUUUCAGAGGGAAUAAGGGAUAGGUAAUAAAUGAUGGCAUAUCCAGCAAUGCCCAAAUCCUGUAAACUAAAAAAAACACAUGAUCAACAUGCAUUAAACAUGAAUUAACAGGCAAAUUGCUGUUGGAUUAUAAUCUGUAAAUUACACAUUAAGUGGCAAUUAUAAU